AUGAGUGGUACUCUCGAAGUAACGGUUAUUGAAGCUCGAAAUCUGAAAGAUGAAGAUAUUGUAGGUAAAGAUGAUGCUUAUAUUGAACUUUAUUUGGAUAAAGAUUACAAACAACGAACAACAACCAUAAGUGGUUCAGAUAAUCCAACAUGGAAUGAAAAAUUUACCUUUAAUUUGCAAAAGCAUGAAGAUCAUUUGCAUUUACAUAUCUACGAUGAAGAUGUCGUCGGUCGAGAUUCUGUUGGUUCAGCAAAGAUUGAUUUAAAAAAACAUGUCUUCGGAAAAGGUCCCUAUGAAGAUUGGGUUAAAUUACCGUCUAUGUUAGGUCUUCGUUCAAAAGGAGAAGUUCAUGUCAUUAUUGAACAUCAUCCAUGA